CCAUGUACCUGUAGGUUAGGUGAUACAAAAAGGAAGAUGUGGAUCACUAACAUAAAAAUUGAUUGGUCAAAAUGAGAAUGACAUGAUAAUGGGCCAAUGGGGAAAAGUAGGUGGGAGGUGGGUACACUCUAGACUGACAGCGAACCGAAUGACACAAACAUGAACGAGAUGCGGUGUAGACAAGAAUAACAUUUCUGUCUUCAGUGGCAAACAAAAAUCCACAAUCGAACUUGGAAAUGCCAAGCCUUCUGGAGCAACCUGAAAGUGUCGUGAUGGAUCACUUUCCUAAGAAGAGGCCCCUGUCUGAAGGGAGCGAUGUGAACUCUCCCAGCAACACAGACAGUUCUUCUGAUAGAUGCCCUCCUGAGGAGGACGUGCCUGCUACAUCAAACAUAUCCCAGAGUGAGGAGAACGAGAACCACCAAUGUAAGAAGAGGCACCUAUCGCUGUCUGAGGAUCCUGUGUACCAUGAGGAUGAUGUGAACCCCGACACAAACGUUUUUUCGAACGGAGGGCCUCCUGAGGAGGAUAUGGAUGCUACAUCAACCAGAUCCCACAGUGAGGGGAUUGAGAUCCACCAGAGAGGAAGCCCCAGUCCUGUGAACAUCAACUUUCCAGACCAGUCAAUGGACCUCCCAAAUCAAGAAGGAAACGAAUUAUGUGAUACAAUUUACCUUUUACAAACAAAAGUUUGCAAUCAAAAGAUGAAUGCUAAAUAUACAUGGGCAUUCUUAAAGUCAACUGCUGAUGUGUUUGUUGCAAUUUUGGAACCUAACAAUAUAGAGAAUAUGGAAAACAAACCUCUUAUUAGUCAUACCGAAGAGUUACUUCUUGAGGAAGUGAAAAUAACGUUGGAAAACAAAGAGCAAUUGCAAAAUACAAAAUGUUCUAUGUAUUCGCUCAACGCUCCUUCGCAAAUUACAGGUCAUACAAUAACGGAUUUAGCAGAACUGAACAAGUAUGGCAUAACAACGAUUUUUACGGACUGUCCGACGGAAAACCAAAACAUCCCAAAUCAUUUUGAAAACGUUCCUGAAUUUCUUGAUAAGUACUACUCAUUACAAACAAAAGGUUGCAAACAAAAGUUUGAUACGCAACAUGCAUGGGCAUUUAUCGAGUCACCUUGUGGCGGAGAACCGGUUUUUGUUGGUUUAUUUAAAUUAGAAGAUUGCAAGAAGAUGUGCAAGGGCAAACCUUUAAAUAUUCAUACCGAAAAGUUACUUCUUGAGGAAGUAAAACAAAUAUUGAAAAACAAUGAGAAAUUGCGGAAUACUAAACUGUUUAUCUAUACGCUCAACUCUCCUUGUUUGCAAAAUUCAGGUCAUGAGUCAUGCAUGGAUUUACUGAUUAAGGAUUCAGCAGAACUGUACAAAUCUUAUAGUAUAAAAACUAUUGUUGGAUAUAGCAAAUGGUACGGUUCGACUGGACAGGUGACAACCUUUAUAGAUCCAUAUAUCAGCUCAUUCAAUCACUUUAAUUUGAUAAUCAGUAGUUCUAAUUAUGCGAACUAUUGUGAUGAAUUUGUAAUUUUUAACACUGAGCAUAACAAUAAGAAAAGCCGUGACUCUAAAUCUAAUUUUGAAGACAGCGCACUUCCCGAGCAACUUUAUAUUUUGAGUAAACAAUUUCUGCCCAAAAACAUUUCAGAAGUACCUUUCAGAUUGAAAAAGUUUAAAGACAUCCAUAAGCGUGUGACAAAUAAAUUUAUGUCAAUUAGCAAUUAUGAUAAAAAAAAUGUGAAAACUGAUAAGAAGAAAGAGAAAAGUCUUGACCUAGAUUUUUCCAUACCCCAUUUUGGAACUCUAAAUGAAUUCCAAGAAGUUGGAGAGUCUCUAGCUGAAAAAUUUGACUUGGUAAAACACAUUGGUAAUAACUUAGAUCAAUCUAAAGUAAAUUUCAUAAAAUGGUGGACUAAAACAAUUGCGGACGAAUAUACUACUUUUCUUCGAGAAGACAUUAAUAGACGACUUAGUGAAGAUAAACACAGAAUCGCAGUCCUCGAUCACAUCAGGAAUAACACUGCAGGAUAUUUACAGUUUUGUCACUUACCACUAAGCCCUUUCCACAAACUAUUUAAUUAAUACAUGCAGCAUAUUCAUUUGAGGUUGUGAGCUAAAGAUCAUUUUAUAUAUAUAUUUGAAUAAAUCAAAUUGUAUUGGUCAUACACAUGGUUAGCAUAUAUUAAUGUGAGUGUAGGGAAAUGCUUGUACUUCUAGUUCCGACUAUGCAGUAAUAUCUAACAAAUUCCCAACAACUACCUUAUACACACAAAGGUAAAGGGAUGAAUAGAAUAUGUACGCAUAAAUAUAUGGAUGAGUAAUGUGAGAGCGGCAUAGGCUUCGAUGCAACUGAUAGUA